AUGACUAGCUGUGGUUGGCAUUUUAGUCUCCAUGCAACAACUCCUCUUUUCUGUUAUUCAAGGAUAACCAUUUUGUUGCUUCUGAUAAUCCCUCUUGCAUAUGCUCAGACUCUAUCUUUUGAUUACCCCAACUUUAUUAAUGAUGGUCAAAACCAGCUAAAGCUUGAAGGAGAUGCUUCUACUUCAGAUUCUGGCAUCCAAAUCACAAGUAACAACAGGACUGGGAGUAUUGGGCGAGUCACGUUUCCCGAGCCGGUGCAUCUUUGGGACAGCAGCACAAAAGAAAAAAAAGACUUCUCUACCAACUUUUCCUUUGUUCUUUUCUCAAAUCAGAGUUCUUAUGGAGAUGGUUUGGCAUUCUUUCUAGCAAGCCCAAAUCUUCCAAGCACAAAUGAUAAACCAGAGCUAAAUGGAGGAGGCCUUGGUAUUGGUCUUGCGGAUGCUAACCAAAAUCUUAUCAAACCUUACUAUAGUUUUGUGGCAGUGGAGUUUGACACUUUCUCAAACCGUUGGGACCCAAAUGGUGCACAUGUUGCUGUUAAUAUCAAUUCUAUGGAGUCUGACAUACUUGAGGAAUGGACGACAGAUAUUUCAAAAGGGGAAGUUCAUUACUGUUAUAUUGAAUACGAUUCUAGAAAUAAUAACUUAAAUGUUUCUUUCAAUGGAUAUAUAUCCUAUGAUGGGAACGUAACACACACCACACAAUACUUUUCAUACAACAUUGAUAUUGGAGAGUACUUACCAGAGUCGGUUAUUGUUGGCAUAUCAGCUGCAACAGGAGCAAAUUAUGAGGAACAUACCCUGAUUUCAUGGUCAUUUAGUACAAGCAAUGCUGAUCCCAAGAAGGAAAGAUGGUUAAUCAACACAAAAUUGUUGGUGGGGAUAGGAAUUGGUAUUGGUUUGUCUUUGAUUUUAUUAGGGUUAGUCCAUAUUAUAUUAUGGAAGAUGAAUAAAGGAAAAGAAGAACCCACUUCGCAUCUGAAGAUGGAUGAUGAACACCAAAUGGGCACUAGACUUAAAAAAUUUAGUUAUUAUGAAUUGGCAUCUGCAACAAACAACUUUGAAGACACGCAGAAGCUUGGGCAAGGUGGUUUUGGUGGUUUUUAUAAAGGUUAUUUGAAAGCUUCUCACUCUUUUGCUGCUAUAAAGAGGAUAUCAGCAAAUUCUAGACAGGAUAUAAAGCAAUACGCAGCAGAAGUUAAGAUCAUUAGCCAAUUGAGGCAUGGGAAUUUGGUAAGACUCACUGGUUGGUGUCACAAGAAGAAUGAUCUCCUCUUGGUAUACGAGUACAUGCCAAAUGGUAGCUUAGAUUCUCAUCUUUUCCGUGGAGAAAGCAUCUUGUCGUUGUCGUGGCAGGUGAGGUACAACAUAGCUCUGGGGUUGGCUUCAGCAUUGUUUUACCUUCAGGAAGGAUGGGAAAAAUGUGUGCUUCAUAGGGACAUCAAAUCAAGCAACAUAAUGUUGGACUCCAACUUCAAUGCUAAGCUUGGUGAUUUUGGCCUAGCUAGGCUGGUGGAGCAUGAGAAAGGGUCACAAACCACAGUUGUAGCUCGGACAAUGGGUUACCUAGCACCUGAAUCCAUAAACACAGGCAAGGCUGGAAAGGAAUCGGACAUAUUCAGUUUUGGGGUUGUUUUGUUGGAGUUAGCCAGCGGAAGAAAAGCCAUUCACCACAAUGACAAGGAGGGUCAAGUAUCAUUAGUUGAGUGGAUUUGGGAGCUCUACGGAUUUAGAAAUCUUUUUGCAGCAGCAGACCCAAAGCUAUGUGGGGUAUUUGAUGUGCAGCAAAUGGGAUGUAUGCUGGCAGUUGGCUUAUGGUGUGCCAAUCCAGAUUUCACAUCUAGGCCUUCUAUAAUGCAAGUGAUUAAGGUACUUAGUUUUGAAGCUCCAUUACCAAUUCUCCCGCAAAAGACUCCCGUGAUAGUCUAUUUCCCUCCAACCACAAAUGAGCCUUUUCAUUCAGUUUCAUCUUCCUUUGGGGAUACAAGUUAA